ACAAAAUAUUUUUCUUUUGUUAAUCCUGUGUACAUUGCUUUAGAUUCAAAGUGAUAAAAAAUAUAACGUGACGCAACAUGUCAGAACGACUCUCCAUGUAGAAAGGAAGAACAAGCUUAAAAUUUUAAAAAUUAAACACCAGACCAUAAUACAAUAAUACCUUCCCCUCACUCUACGGCCCCCUUUCGACCUGGUGGACCGAGCAUGAGGGGAAGGUCUUCCCGAAAACACGUGGCGUGCCCAUUUGAUGACGCCACGUGUUUCGACAACGGCACCAAAAACUUGCAAGAACCUUGGUAAUCGUUAGAGACAGUUACAGUUCCUACACUACAUCAGUAUCUAGUAAAUUUUUACAACCGCUACUUUGAGGGAUUCCCGGACAAUAAAAGGAGUGUGCCGCCAGUGUACUCGUAUAGUGGGCUAGAAACAUUCAGGGUUGCAUUGAAUUUGUGACUUAUGGUUUUGUGGGUACAACCUUCAUGGUUAACUUUGAAAUACCAAUAAAAUUUUAUUAGGUACUGAUGUAGUGUAGGAACUGUACAAAAAAAUUGGUCGAAGACUAUUUCGACAGAACUUUCCUCGCUCCACAGGGGCAAAUAACACCACCUCAAUCCCUCCGCCUCGAGGAUGUAAAUUCCAAGAGGGCACGCUCUGAACAAAUGCGGACAAUAUGAAAUAUAUUUAAAGCAGAUAAUCAGUGGGAAAAACGUAUUCUUGUACUUGAGACUUUGUUCUUUUCUGGUUGGCAACACUAAUUCCACGAAAAAUCAAACUUUGAUAGAGAUAAUGGGGUCCACUAAUAUUGAGCCAUUUAUGCCCAUUUGCACCAACGUUAGCAGUAAGCAUUGCUUAGCUAAGCAAUUCUUAAAAGUAACUACUUCUUAAAUUGUACAGUUGUUGCACCGUCACUGCUUAGACUCUACUUAACCAAGUAAUACUUAGUUGGGGAAUUGUGUAAAAGUUUCAUUUCUAUUGGCAACACUGACGUUUGUUGUUAUUGGAACAUCAAAAAUUUUAGGUUAGUUUGUUGUGUGUACGACAGUCAAUGACACCGCGCGUAUGUAGUUGUGAUAUUGUUGAAUUAAUUUUAUGUGGUGUUGAAUGUGUGUUUAAAAAAUGGAUGUGUUCGACGCGUACGAGGAUGACUUAGAAGUCAUUGAAAUUGUUGAGAUGGGAAUUCCACGGCAGAUGUACACUAGAGCUGAUCAUUUCUAUGGUUUACCAGAGCUUCAAUUUUUCCAAAGAUUUCGACUAACAAAACCAACAGUUUUACAUUUAUUAACGUUAAUUGAAGAACGUUUGGAAUUUCCUACAGACAGAAAUCAGGCGGUGUCACCUAUAAAUCAGCUGCUUACUACAUUACGAUUCUUUGCAAGCGGGGGCCAUUUGAGUACAGUAGCGGACUAUAUGGGAAUGCACAUCUCAACUGUGUCGAGAAUAAUUAGACGUGUAUCGGACGCUAUAGCAAGGCUUUACCACCAUUUUAUUAAGAUGCCCCAAACUCUCAUGGAGCAAAGGCUUAUUCAAAAUGGUUUUUUUGACAUCGCGAGAUUCCCAAGAGUGAUUGGGGCCAUUGAUUGCACUCAUAUCAAAAUUGAAUCACCAGGUGGAGAAAAUGCUGAAGUUUUUCGCAAUCGGAAAGAUUAUUUUUCAAUUAACGUUCAAGCCAUGUGUAAUGCGAAUAUGGAGUUUACAAACGUAGUUGCUCGGUGGCCUGGUUCUACUCAUGAUAUGACCAUUUUCAAUAACUCGAUUUUACGAGCAAAUUUUGAGAAUGGAGAUUAUCCAAAUUGUAUAAUAUUGGGUGAUGGUGGCUAUGGUGUAAGACACUAUUUUUUUACACCAUUAUUAAAUCCACACACUCAAGAAGAGCAGUUGUAUAAUGAAGCUCAUAUUCGUACAAGAAAUGUCAUCGAAAGAACUUUUGGUGUCUGCAAACGAAGAUUUCCUGUGCUAGCAUAUGGAUGUCGAUUAAAAAAAGAAACUGUUUUGAGUAUUAUAAUUGCGUGUGCAGUCCUGCAUAAUAUAGCUCGACAAAUGGGUGAAGAUGAACCUCCUCUCCCAGCUGACAUUAACCAGCAUGAACUGCAGCGACUUAUUGAAGAUGGUCAAAUACCAGAGGUCAAUGUUAUUGACAACCAAAGGAGGGGCAGUGAAAUUAGAAGAAAUUUUAUAACAAAUUUUUUUGGAAAUUUAUAAAUUUAACAAAUAAAUGUUUUAUUAAUAUUUUA